AUAGCACUUUUCGGGAACUAUAUGCAACAAGUACAAAUUAAUAUUUGCCGCAUAAGUUUUUCUGCAGCAGCCACAGAAAUAACGGUGCAAGUGUUAAGUGCAGUUCCAACACGAAUUAAUUAAGAAUAAAGUGAAGAAACACCUCCGACUACAAUACGAGAAAAGACUGUGCAAUGUCGGCAACGAGAUUCCUGAGUGCCGUUGGCCAAAUUUCACGGCAGCAAUUGUUGCAGAAUAGGUGCAGCAGAGCCCUCCCCGCCACGGCCAUGCUCCAGCGGCACCGUCUAAUGUCCACAAAUCCCGCUCCGGCCGCAGCCAAGGCGGGGGCCAACAAGCAUCUGCACACGAAAGUGGUCAACGGAGUGCUGGUCAUCAGGUUCGACUCCCCCAACGUGAAGGUCAACUCCCUAGGCAGCGAAGUAAGCGACGAAUUCGAGCGAGUGAUCAAGGACCUCGAGACGAAUCCUGCAGUCAACUCGGCCGUCCUCAUCUCCGGCAAACCCGGAUGCUUUGUGGCCGGCGCCGACAUUGGGAUGCUUGAGGCCUGCCAGACGGCGGAGGAGGCGACACUCAUCUCGCACGGCGCCCAGCUGAUGUUCGACCGCAUGGAACGCAGCCGCAAACCCAUCGUGGCCGCCAUCAAUGGCGUGUGUUUGGGCGGAGGACUGGAGCUGGCCCUCGCCUGCCACUAUCGCAUCGCGACCAAGGACAGCAAGACCAAGCUGGGCCUGCCCGAAGUGAUGCUGGGUCUCCUACCCGGCGGCGGCGGCACUGUGCGUCUUCCCAAGCUUACGUCGGUGCCCACUGCCCUGGACAUGGAAUUGACUGGUAAGCAGGUGCGUGCCGACAGGGCCAAGCGCCUGGGCAUUGUCGAUCUGCUGGUGGAUCCCCUCGGUCCUGGCUUGCAGCCCGCCGAACAGAACACCAUGGAUUACCUGGAGAAGACUGCCGUGGAGGUGGCCAAGGAUUUGGCCAGCGGAAAACUUCGCGUGAAUCGCGAGAAGACUGGGCUGGUAAACAAACUCCAAUCCCUGGUAAUGGACACGGACUUUGUGAAGAACAAGAUCUUCGACACUGCCCGGAAGCAGGUGAUGACGGCCUCGAACGGUCUCUAUCCCGCUCCCCUGAAGAUCCUCGAUGUGAUUCGCGCUGGCGUGGACAAGGGCUCCGAUGCGGGCUACGAAGCGGAGCGCAAGGGCUUCGGCGAACUCUCGGCCACACCAGAGUCCAAAGGUCUCAUCGCCCUCUUCCGCGGCCAGACAGAGUGCAAGAAGAACCGCUUCGGCAAGCCCCAGCGACCGGCUAAGACGGUCGGCGUUCUGGGAGCCGGACUCAUGGGCGCUGGCAUUGUCCAGGUGACCGUGGACAAGGGCUACGAGGUAGUGAUGAAGGAUGCCACCGAUGCGGGCUUGGCACGCGGCAUUGGCCAAGUGCAGAAGGGCCUGGAGACGGCCGUCAAGCGCAAGCGGAUCUCUGCUCUCGAUCGCGACCAGACGCUGGCCAAACUACGUCCCACCCUCGACUACAGCGACUUUAAGAACGCCGACGUCGUGAUCGAAGCCGUCUUCGAGGACAUCAACAUCAAGCACCGCGUGAUCAAGGAGCUAGAGGCCGUCGUGCCCGCCCACUGCGUCAUCGCGACCAACACCAGCGCCAUUCCCAUCACCAAGAUUGCCGCCGGCAGCUCCAGGCCCGAGAACGUUGUGGGCAUGCACUACUUCUCACCCGUGGACAAGAUGCAGCUGCUCGAGAUUAUCACGCACCCGGGCACCUCCAAGGACACAAUUGCUCAGGCCGUGUCCGUUGGCCUCAAGCAGGGCAAGGUUGUCAUCACCGUGGGCGACGGUCCCGGCUUCUACACAACCCGCAUCCUCGCCACCAUGCUGUCGGAGGCCAUAAGACUGCUGCAGGAGGGCGUCGAUCCCAAGGAUCUGGACCAGUACACCAAGAAGUUCGGAUUCCCGGUGGGCGCUGCCACGCUGGCGGACGAAGUCGGCAUCGAUGUGGGCUCGCACAUUGCCGUGGAUCUAGCCAAGGCCUUCGGUGAACGCAUCGCCGGCGGCAAUCUGGAGGUGAUGUCUGACCUGGUGCUGGCCGGCUUCCUGGGCCGCAAGUCGGGCAAGGGCAUCUUCCUGUACGAUGCACAGCAAAAGGGCAGCCGUCCGGUAAACAACGAUGCUCUGGAGAUCAUCAAGCAGAAGUAUGCCCUGGUCUCCAAGGGCGCCAACACACCCGAGGAUCUGACGCUGCGCAUGGUGUCGCGCUUCAUCAACGAGGCUGUGCUCUGCCUGGAGGAGAAGAUCCUCGACAGUCCCCUGGAGGGCGAUGUGGGCGCCGUCUUUGGCCUGGGCUUCCCGCCAUUCUCCGGCGGUCCCUUCCGCUGGGUGGACCAGUACGGAGCCGGCAAGCUGGUCAGCAAAAUGCAGUCGUACGCCGACCUGUACGGAGCACCCUUCAAGCCCGCCCAAACCCUGCUCGACAUGGCCAAGGAUACUUCGAAAAAGUUCUACCCAAAGACUGGUUCCUCAAAGUUGUAAACUAUCCCCCAGACCCAGCCCCAGGCCCACGAGGGCCAACGAAAAUUAGCUUUUAGUUAACAUUAGGAGCCACCGCAGGAUAUGGAGGGCUUCCUUUUGCAUUUCUCUCCAAAAGGAACUAGCAGUCGCCCCAAGGGCAUGGCCAUGGCCCCCCACGGCAUGUCCAUUGUUGAAGUUUCAAUUAAAGAUUAAUAUCGUGUAUUUUUUUCAUACUCAC